CAAAACGUCAAUGUCAAUUUUAAUCUGCUGAUUUGUGGAAGAAUUUUGAAAUUGUCAAACAUCGCAGAAAUUGGUAAAAAUAAAGAAAAUCUGGACUUUUUAAAUUAUCAAGAUGCCGAAAAAGUUUGUGGGAGAAAACAGCAAGGCGGUAGCCGCGCGAGAGCGUAAAGAGCUUGCAAAGCAAGAAAAAGAUCAAAAACUUAAGAAAAUGAUAGAAGAAUCCGCUUGGCAAGAUGACGAUGAUAAGUUAAAAAAGAAGAUGCAAAAGAAGGAUGAAAUGGAGAAAAAGCGUCAGGAGCAAUUGAAGAAAAAAGCUGAAUCUAAAGCCUUAUUAGAACAAGAAAUGGAAUCAAUUAAAGGUAAUGUAAAGGCUGCUCCACAGCCAAAGAUAACUCGUGCACAGAUUGAACAAAUAAAGGAAAGAUCUAUGAAAGCAGAGCCUGAAAAACCUGUGCCAUCAAGAGUUGUGGUUGAAGAGCCACCACUUGUAGAGAAUCUAAAUAGAUUGCAGCUGGAGGGUGAGGUUGCACAGUCUGUAGAUGAAGCCAUCUCCAUCCUGAGUGACAAAUUGGAUAGUGAUAAACAUCCUGAGAAACGUUUGAAGGCAGCGUUUACAGCAUUUGAGGAAGUGAACCUUCCAAGACUGAAGGCGGAGAAUCCCACACUGAGGCUGUCACAACUUAAACAGAUGCUAAGGAAAGAAUGGACAAAGUCCCCUCAAAACCCAAUCAACCAAAAGAUCUAAAUCUGUAUUAUUUAUAUUAUGAAGGCCCGAGGCUAAUAAAUUUGUUGCAUGUUUGAUAUCAAAGCUUUUUUAACUUUAAUAUUGUCAAGAAAGACAAAAAAUAACAUGUCAGGUUUACAUUUGCUACAUAAAAUCAGUCUGUAAAUAAAAGUAUACAUUCUUA